AGCAGGCAGCGCCAACACUGGGUUUGCACUUUCCCGCGGAAAUUACGGAGGUGCCGUGUAAAGUGUGCUCGAUCGUGAACCGUGCGACGUUCAAACAAACGGACGCAUUUCAACUGAUUGUGUUCGCUAAAUGUGGCGGCGUAAGCGCAUUUGCGUUUUAUUCGUUUAAACCGUCAGACAUAUGAUCGGUGAUGCCUCGUCAGCGCAACGGUGACGUUACUACGUCGGAAAGUUCUCAGGAGCCGCUGAGAUUCUUCGUGCUGCCAAAUCGUUACGCGGCGGAAGACGAACAAACACACAAUAUUGUACCGCUGCCACAUCCAAAAACGGAGGCGUCAUCACUGUACCUGAAAGCUGACUCAGGCGAAUACCUAGAGCUAGUAAAAUUCAAGGAGAAGCGGGGAUCCUGGAUCGUGGACGACUUUGUGGAACCAGAUGGGUCGCUGUAUGUUGCCACUCCAAUGGAUCCGCUCUUCUUUGCUGUGGCUCUUUUGCAAAAGAGUGACAAGUUCCGGCCGCUGGAGGACUUUGUAGAGGACAACUCGUAUCCUCACCUGGUCAAUGUCAUCCGUUCCUGCAGCAACCGUAUGCGGCACAUUGCAGAUGUCAAAGAGCUGGGUGAGGAUCAAGUGUACCGCUACAAUGAGACCAAGUGCCUUGCCUGGCUUACCAAGAAGGCGAAGGCCGUCGCAGCUGCGCUAGAGUCAGCCGACAUCCAGGUCGGCGCAGCGUGUGUCAGUGCUGCUCUGGUCAGGAGCAAACGUGACACCAGGCCUACAAGCGAGGACUACAUGGUGACGGCUCACUCCAUAGUGGCCGACUAUGUCCCACCCGCCUUGGGCGCAUUGCUGAAGACAUCACUGGGCCUGGACAAGAAACCUGCAGCUGAAAAGAAGGCACAAACACCAAGCUCACCUCCACUUAAGAAACAAAAGACCGAGCAAGUGGAGCCACUGGAAGACUACAGCCAAGGCACACCAAAGAACGGCCUCUUGAAAUCAGCUAAGGCGCCAAAGCUGACAGCCAGCCAGAAGAAACUGCAGAAGGCAGACAAGACAGGCAUGAAGAGCAUUUCAAGCUUCUUUGCCAAGAAAUGAACGGCACAUCUCAAGCGCUUGGUUCAGUGAAAGUCCUGCAAGGCUUGUCUGCUGUCUGCACACUCCACUCUUUGGAGCUGGAACUUCCAACAACCCAGCCCGUGCAUAGGGUCAGGGACAAGCUUCCACACGUGCAUCAGCUUUCACUUGUUCUCAUUCACAUCACAGUCAUAUGACGUUAACAGAAUCUUCUUAGAAAUGAGCUAGUGUGCCUUGUUCAGUAUCUGCGCAGUGGCCAUUUUGAUGCUUCAUUUUGUUAAUGUUGCCCGGAAAGCCCUGAGGAGUUAUAUAAGCUGGGGCAAUACAUUCAUAUGUAAGAGCAGUCUGGGGGGAAACAAAUUAUGUAUAUAAAAAGAUAAAUGCACAAUGUAGAAUUCCGAAACUCUAAACAAUGUUUACUCGGCACAAAAUGUCAGAGGCAAAGGCAAAUUAUGUGUGGGCUCAUAGUGAUUGUAUAGUAUGUUUAAUCGAACAGUAUGCAGUUUGCUAGGGUCAUUGCAGGUUUGACUCCAGAGUGAUUGGUUACAGUGCUUACACAAAUUAAAAUAACAAAAGCUAUGCUGAGUUACUCAAUCGUUAGGUAUUUGCAAAAUUUAUUGCAGUCAGUAAAAGAAGCAUUGGUGAGGGAACUAUAAAGAACUGUUGAAUAACGGAAGGCAAAAGUGAUCGCAGGUAUUGGCUGGUCAUAAAUAUGUACUAUUAUAUAGCUGUGACUUAAGAGUAGAGGUUUUGGAGGUGAUUUUAAAAUGUGGUGUCUUGAAUGUGAAUCAUAGAAGCAGUGAAACAAGGUAUGCAGUAUGGUGCAGCAGGACUAAAGAAAUGGUAGUCUGCUUGUCCACUUUUGAUUAUCGGUCACAUCGCAGUCAUGUUGGGUUAAGUUUUCUUAGAAACAGGUUAGUGGACAGCUAAUAACUUGCUUUGCAUGGUCUGUGAAGUGAUUAGAUUUGAGCUGGUGCAUUUUAAGCGAAAAUCAGAGCAGUGUUGUUGAUGAUUGCUAAUGGCAUCCUUUGGUUAAAAAAGUAGCCACUUAGCUCGCCUGAGCUAAUUAGGCUUUACUAUAUCUAUUACAAUCUAUCGUGCUGCUUAUCUCUACUUUAUCGUGUAAUGUUAGGUAUGUGUGUGUCGACUCUGUCUUUGUCUCUUCCCUGCUUUUUUUUUUCUACCAAGACUGAAAUUGGUUCCUGCUGCAUGAUCUCCACUGCUCACCAGUUAAUACUCCCAUCAUCUUUGAACCCAAGCACUCCUAGAAGGUGGACGCUCCCUCCAGUUCUGGCUGGAUGAAUAUCAUUGCUCUGAUUAGAAGCUAAUCUGUACACACUGUUAUCUAGUGACAUGUUAAAAGCUUUGUUGGCUGUGUCUGCUUUCAUAAAAAGCAUGCUCUUUAGCAGCGUGGUUGGUUGUUUGUUUUAUUCCAUGUAUAUUUUUUUCACACACCUUGGCAAGCUGCCAUUAACUACAAUCUCGUUUCAAUAAAAGCCAAAUGCACCUCUUUUUGAACAAAUGAGGUAACUAA